ACAGCCGGCCGAGGCGGGCACAUCGCGUCCGCGAACACAUGUUCGGGCCAAGUGACUAUCACACUAUAAAACUGUACAAAUAAAAGUUUGUAAACUUUCGCUGAUUGUUCACAACUCUUUAAUUACGGCCUAAACCACCCGGCUUUAAUUACAACACGAACACUCGAUAAGUGCAGAAUUAAACAAUGAAGUGAACAAGUAAAGGAUUGUAUCCCAAAAGGUGGAAUGGAAUUCCGGCACUGAUGUAGACUCGUCAGAAUGGUGGGUCACUGGGUGACGGCGGCCAGCUCUCUGCUGGCCUUUCUUCUCUAUUACAACUCGUUGGACGCAGGAUUCGUCUAUGAUGACAGGCGGGCGAUCCUCUCGAAUCCGGACGUCAUCGGGCACACGCCGAUUGAGGCGUUAUUCGAAAACGAUUUCUGGGGGACGCCGCUCUCGGACCCCGGCUCUCACGGGUCGUACCGGCCUCUGUGUGUCGCCACCUACCGGCUCAACUAUGCCUUUAGCGGAUUCAAGCCGUGGAGCUACCAUUUCCUAAACGUUAUACUCCACUGCACCGCUACAGCGCUAGUCGUUACCGUGGCGCGGCGCAUUCUACCACACUACUGCAUGAGAGUUGGCACCGUAGUCACCGGGUUCACAUUUGCAGCGCACCCGAUACACACAGAAGCCGUCUCGGGAAUCGUUGGCCGGGCAGAUCUCGCCGCCUGCAAUUUGGUUUUACUUUGUUUUCUGCUUUACAACGAGCAUAUAAGACUCAGAGAGGAACAACAAAAACGGUUAUGUCGACACGUGACCAAAAAUGUUAUGUUACAAAGGAAAAUCGCGCCGAGCGAUCAGACGUUCAGGCUCAGUUGCCAUGGACUUGUACAGCACAUUAUGAUGAACUUUCGAAGGCUUCUCAAAGCCAGCAGGGCGGGCCCCAUGAAAGUCCUCGACGCCUGCGAGGUGAAGGCGGGUACUGUGAAAGUCAAGUGUCAAAGUGAUAGUGUAAGUGAAGAAACUGGUGAACUCAUAAAGUGGCUCACAUUAUCCGGGACUUUGCUGUUUGCGGCUGCGGGCACUCUGUGCAAAGAGCCAGCCAUAAUGGUUCUACCUCUCUGCAUAUUCUAUGACUUCAUCAAGGGCACCCGACAAGAAGAACCCUAUUCUAAGAGUCGAUGGCGAAGCAUAUGUGCUCUUGGAACAGGAGGCUUCGCCCUCCUCUACUGGCGGUUGCGCGUCGCUGGCACGCCAACACCGUUCGCCGCCGCAGACAACCCCGCCUCUCGUGACCCUUCCUACCUCACACGACUAUAUACCUUCUCCUACCUCCCAGUCUUCAAUUUCUUCCUACUCCUCUACCCAUUCCAACUCAGCUUUGACUGGUCCAUGGAAUCCAUCCCUCGAAUCACAAGCAUAUCCGACCCACGAAACAUAUCCACUGUCCUUUUCUACGCUGUCGUUUCCAAAGUCACCUGGCGAGCUAUGAUUAACGAAUUCAAAAAAAGCCAAGAGAAACCCCUAAAAGACCAAAAGUACUAUAAGAAACAGAACUGCAAAGUCAGGCAUAAAUGGAAUUACAACACAAAGCAGUACAACAGAGGGCCAGAUUGCGUUGAAAGGAAGAGCUACCAUGCCCCGCACAAAGAGAAUAUGUCAUCUAAGAAGAUAUUGUGUCCGUGCACGGGCUGUAAGCACACUCUGACGGAGGAGCACACGAGCGCUUGCCGAGCCGUAAACAACAACAAUACAAUGAUGCACAGUUCAACCUGCGUCUGCCCGAUGGCAAGCACGAAGUCAAAAGCGCCUAAUCCUCCGAGGACCGUUUACCGCAGCCCGCAAGUUGCGUUGCUUAUGUCUGUGGCAUUUAUGGUGUUACCGUUCGUGCCUGCUACUAAUGUCUUAUUUUACGUCGGGUUUGUGGUUGCGGAGCGUGUGUUGUACAUACCCAGCGUGGGGUUCUGUUUAUUACUCGGUCUGGGAGCUGGUGCGCUGACCCGGAGUUGGCACCGCAGCGAGCCUCGAAGUCGGCUGUUUAUGCUGACCCUACUCAUCGUCUUGUCAUCGAUGUGCUGCUACACGAUGCGGCGGAACCUUGACUGGCAUGACGAAGAAAGCCUGUUCAGGAGUGCGCUACAUAUAAAUCCACCCAAAGGUAAGACUUAA